GGUCCCUUCCGGGCCUCAGUUUCCCGCUUGGGCUCUUUCCAGGGUGGUGGCAACUGUAGCCCCUCGUGCUCCUAUUUGUUGUCGUUAAGUCCCCUCGGACUCUGGGUGAUCCUGUGGACCACCGUGUCGGUGAGGGUUCUUCCCUCCCUCCCCUUCCCUUUCCUUCCUUCCGUCUUAAGAGUCUUUACUGGGUAUUGGUCCCAGGGCAGAAGACCAGCCAGGGCUAGGCAAUGGAGGUUAAGUGACUUGCGCAGGGUCACACAGCCAGAAGUGUCCAAUGCGGCAUUGGAACCCAGGACGGCCCUUCUCUAGACCACUGAGCCCCCGACUGCCCGCCCUGGGGGUUUCUUGGCCAAGAUCCUCGAGUGGUUUGCCGUUUCCUUCUCCGGUAGAUUAAGGCAAACAGAGGUUCAAUGACUUGCCCAGAGUGACCCAGCUAGUGAGUGUCAGAGGCCACACUUGAACUCGGGUUUUCCUGCCUGCAAGUCUGGCGCUCCAGCUUCGGAGCCUCCUCCCGGCUUCCCGUACAGGGAGCGCCCCACCCCUGAAUUGGCUGAAUGGGAGAGGCCCCUUUAAGGGCCUCCGGAGGGGCGUGGCCAGCGAGCCGGAAGGGCAGAAGGGACACCUGGGCCCCGGCCGCGAAGUCCCCAGACGGUGGCAUGGAGGAGGCGGGGCCUCCGGCGCCCACCUGCCGCUUCUACCAGGAGGGUCGCUGCCACUUCGGUGCCCGCUGCCGGCUCCCACACCCCGGAGCCCAGGCCGAGCCUGGGCCAGAGCCGCCGUCGGGCCCGCCCCGGGGCAAGAAAGCCCCCAUGAGAACGGCUCGGGCGGUGAUCGACCGCAUCCUCUGGGACCCGCAGCUGGACCCCGACGACUUCUCCGUGGGCUACGUGGACCGCUUCCGUGGCGUCUUGGAGGAGCCCUUCAACGCCUUCUGCUGGGACCAGGACCUGGCCGCGCUGGGCCCCGGCGUACUGGCCGUGCCCCAGCACCGCAUCCGCUACUUCCGACACCGCGGCCGUCUCGUGUGGGACCGCGCCUCCCGAACCGACCUCGUCUUCGGCUCGGCGGCCGGCCGCUGGACCACCAUUCUGGACGGAGCCACUGAGGCCGGAGAGACUGAGCCCUGCGGCCCGGGAGAGGAAGGAGCUGCGGAGGCCGGCCCACAGGGGGAAGAUGGAGCCCCGGAACCUGGCCCACAAGGGGAGGCCCCCACCCCGACCAGCAGUGGAGAGAGCCAGGGAGGGUCCCUCGACGGCAGCUCUUUACUCGAAGCUGAAGGGGAAUGCUGCCCUGGGCUGCGCCCCACGCAUUUUGUGGCCCUACCGAUAAAUGACCCGGGGCUGCGGCAGGCAGUGGCCAAGGCCCAGGCUCGCCUAGUAGCAGCGGAGCCCUCCCUGGGCAGCAGCCUCGUGGACCCCGACGCCCUCCACCUCACCCUGGUUUUGCUGCGCCUGACAGGGCCCGGGGAGGUGGCCGCAGCCGCCGGGGCACUGAGACGGCUAGUCCGGGCCCCCGGCUUCCACCCCCCAGAGGAGCUGCACUUCGGGGGUCUGGCUUGCUUGGACUCGAGGGUCAUCUACUCCGUCCCGAGCCCUGACCUCCGAGGCCUGGCCAGGGCCCUGGCGCGGGAGCUGGAGGCGCAGGGACUGCAGGUCCUGGAGCGCCCCGGCCAGGCUCUGGGCCCCCACCUCACUUUGGCUAAAGUGCCCUUCGGAAGCCCUGCGUGCUUGUUCCUGCCGGGGGCCCAAGAAGGGGCGGAGCUGGGCAGCCAGGCAGCGGAGGGGCUGGCGCUGUGCUCCGUGGGGGGCCGCGAGAAAGCAGAGCCAGGAGAGGCGCGGGUUCUCUCUCUCUCUUCUUUUCGCUUUAAUUAACUUUCUCUUAUUUCUCAAACCGUGCUCAGCACUCCUCGGUGGCAGGGAAGGAGGGAGAGGGAAGAGGGGGGCGGGAAGGGGCGGGGAGAGGAGGGGGCAGAGGGGGCGGGAACAUCUGGAAAGGAAAGGCAGCCUGACAGUCCAGCUGUUUUGGAUCUCAUUGCACAUUAUUGAGUUACAUGGCAGAAAAGGGAGGGGAGAAGGGGUGAAAAGAAAGGGGGAGGGAAGAAAUAAUUUAAAAAAUAAAAUAUCAAAGGAAGAAA